AUGAACAUGCCUGGAAUGAACGAUGCCCAGGAGCAGAACCAUACCGCCCUGCUUCUACUGGACCACACCACUCUGCUCUUUACAGAACAGCCAUCUCACCCUGCCCCCUACAGAACAGCCAUACCCCCAUACCCCCUACAGAACAGCCAUACCCCCAUACCCCCUACAGAACAGCCAUACCCCCAUACCUCCUACAGAACAGCCAUACCCCCAUACCCCCUACAGAACAGCCAUACCCCCCUCCCCCCUACAGAACAGCCAUACCCCCAUACCCCCUACAGAACAGCCAUACCCCCAUACCCCCUACAGAACAGCCAUACCCCCAUACCCCCUACAGAACAGCCAUACCCCAUACCCCCUACAGAACAGCCAUACCCCCAUACCCCCCUACAGAACAGCCAUACCCCCAUACCCCCUACAGAACAGCCAUACCCCCAUACCUCCUACAGAACAGCCAUACCCCCAUACCCCCUACAGAACAGCCAUACCCCCAUACCCCCUACAGAACAGCCAUACCCCCAUACCCCCUACAGAACAGCCAUACCCCCAUACCCCCUACAGAACAGCCAUACCCCCAUACCUCCUACAGAACAGCCAUACCCCCAUGCCCCCUACAGAACAGCCAUACCCCCAUACCCCUACAGAACAGCCAUACCCCCAUACCCCCUACAGAACAGCCAUACCCCCAUACCCCCUACAGAACAGCCAUACCCCCAUACCUCCUACAGAACAGCCAUACCCCCAUACCCCCUACAGAACAGCCAUACCCCAUACCCCCUACAGAACAGCCAUACCCCAUACCCCCUACAGAACAGCCAUACCCCCAUACCUCCUACAGAACAGCCAUACCCCCAUACCCCCUACAGAACAGCCAUACCCCCAUACCCCCUACAGAACAGCCAUACCCCCAUACCCCCUACAGAACAGCCAUACCCCCAUACCCCCUACAGAACAGCCAUACCCCCAUACCCCCUACAGAACAGCCAUACCCCCAUACCUCCUACAGAACAGCCAUAG